AUGAAAGCACUAACUCUUGUGAGUGCUGUAAGUGAACAGUUUUAUGUUCUCAUUGCAGAAAUUGAAGCCAGAGAAGCCUGCGACUGGCUGAGAGCUGCUGGGUUUCCCCAGUAUGCUCAGCUCUUUGAAGAUAUGCAGUUUCCAAUUGAUGUAAAAACUGUGAGGAAAGAUCAUGAAUUUUUAGAUGGAGAUGCAAUUGAAUCACUAUUCAGACGGUUGAACACAUUGAACAAGUGUGCAUCAAUGAAAGUGGAAAUAAGCCGUCAGAGGAAACAGAGUGAUGAAUCUGAAGAUGAUGAACCUUGUGCAAUAAGUAACAAAUGGGCUUAUGAGAGGUGCAGUCAGAGAUGGUCUCGUAUUGAGAGCCUGGAAGUUUUCCCAGGAGAGGAAGGUGCUGGUGCAUCACUCCCAGGCAGUCCAACACUGAAGAGCAUCAGCAACAAGGAUUCCGUCUUUCUGGAUCAUGGAGAGAAACAUGAUGUGUCCUCAAUUCACAGCACUAGCAGUGGUGACAGUGACACUGUUAGCUUCCCAAAACCUUUUGAGGAUGUGGAAACCAGCACGAAUUCUUCAAGAUGUUCCUCAGUUAAGGUGACUUCACUGGACUCUGCUUUUAGUUGUUCUCCUCCUCCCGGUGAACCUUUAAAUACUACCAAUGAGGAGAAGCUUUUGGAUAAGUCACCAUACAAAAAGAGGAAUAGCCUUCUAAAGAAAAUGGAGAAGUUGCACUUAAGGAGCUGCAGCCUAAGGAGUGGUCAGUCAAAAGCCAAGCCCAUAAUAAGUGAACCUGUUCUUCUGGAAGGACUUAAUGAAGAAAAGAUGAAGAUGCUGAACUGUGUAAAUGUUUCUGACCUCUCUGGCAUCCAAACAAAGAACAAUUCUUCCUUUUGUCCCCAGAAUUACAAUAGCAGUAACCAGUCUGAAAACAGUGCCACAGUGAGCACUCCAAGUCCUGCUAUGAAACUACAAAGCCAUGAUGAAGGAAGGGUGAUGUAUGCAGAGGACUUGGAUCCUAACAAGCUCUUGCUGUGGAGUGAUCUAUCUCAGCAAAAUCUAAAAAAUGACAUGGAGUUACAAAUGAACCAGAUGUUUCACAUACCACAAGGCCAUAAACCUGGCACUUUCCCUAUAGUGCUUACAAACAGCUCCCUGUCUCCAGUAGAAAACUCUUUCAUCAGCUGGAGAAGUGGGAGUUUUCAUGGGUGCAGGAGGAGCAGGAACAGAAGUAGUUCCAAGGACUCCAAAGCCCCCAGAAGUCCACUUGCAUGCACAAAUAACAGGCUAAGUAUAUAUGACAACAUGCCCAGUAUUGAACUUGAUAAUUUGGAGGCAGCACAAGCUGGUGAUGAUGAUGUGUUUUCAGAACUGAACAAUGUUAUAGAAGAUGUCAAUGGUCUCAAAAAGUUGGUUGAUCAGUGGACAGAGAAGUUCUCAGAUGAUGGGGAUUUGGACUUUGCCAGUGACUUGACCUCUUUAUAUCCAUCCUCACCUAAAGAAAUCUGUCUUGAAACAGAGGGCUCAGAAGAUAAGACAGCAGACCUCCCAUCCACUGAAGGACAAAGCAGCAAGAUCAGUUCUGCAGACUUGGCACACAUAAACUCUAAUGCCAACAGGCAUGAGAAGCAACAUUGGUCUGUGGAUGAGAGCAUGAGCUUGGGAAGCCUUUCCAGCCAGACUGACAGCCAGACAGCUGCCCAGCUGGCCCGGACACAAAAGAUGGCUUUGUUGAAGCUCACUGCUUUGAUGGACAGAUACUCCCCUUCCAGUAAGCAUGGCUGGAACUGGACUGUGCCAAAGUUCAUUAAAAAGGUGAAAGCCUCUGACUACAAGGACAAAAAUGUGUUUGGGGUUCCUCUCCUUCUGAAUGUCCAGCGAACAAGCCAUCCACUGCCCAAUGGCAUACUGCAAGCCUUGGACUAUUUAAGAAGCCAUUUUCUUGACCAGGUCGGUCUGUUCAGAAAAUCCGGAGUUAAAUCCAGGAUUCUGUCUUUGAGAGAAAUGAAUGAAACCAACCCAAACAAUGUGUGUUACGAAGGGCAGUCAGCCUUUGAUGUGGCAGAUAUGGUGAAGCAGUACUUUCGAGACCUUCCCGAGCCUAUAUUUACCAGCAGGCUCUGUGAGUCCUUCCUGCACAUCUACCAAUAUGUGCCCAAGGAUCAGCAGUUUCAGGCUGUCCAGGCUGCUAUUCUCCUCCUCCCAAAGGAAAACCGAGAAGCUUUGAAAAUACUCCUGUUCUUUCUGCGAGAUGUGGUUGCUUUUGUUGAGGAAAACCAGAUGACCCCAACCAACAUUGCUGUCUGCCUUGCACCUUCUUUGUUCCACCUCAACACCCUGAGACGGGACAGUUCCUCCUCCUCCACUAGAUCUAGUCAGAGGAAAUGCAGCCUGGGGAAGCCAGACCAGAGGGAGCUGAGUGAGAACCUGGCAGCAACGCAGGGCCUGGCCCACAUGAUAAUGGAGUGCAACAGACUGUUCCAGACUGACUUCCCGGCUUGACCUCGGCCUUUCCUCAUCAAUAUGGACUUGCCUGGUGAUCACUAGGCUGUUGUCACUGGACCUGAUCCUGACCUCCCUUGCUACCUCACCUUCCUGGCUCAACCUCAGACCUCAUCACCAUGGAUGUGCCUGAUGAUCUGGACUCUUGGCUGACCCUGGCUGCCACCUCUGACCUGGCUCAGGUACCGUGGGACCUCGCAACUGCCCUGCCAACACUCUUAUCCCACUUGAUUCCUGGCUCCUUUCCCCUGGGGGUCUGCCACCCCUAGUGGUGCAUGCUGACAGCUUGGGCCUUGUGCUCUGCUCCAGCACAACUGGGCAGGAGCUGAUGCCCUAUGGCUCUCCUGAAAUGACACAUGGCCCCACCCUGGGGUUCCUACCCCAGCAGUGAUCCACCCCAACCAGCUCCUGGCUUCUGAGUGGCACCUCCUCCUCCCUAGCCCAGCCUGGGGUCCACUCUCUCCAUGAGCCAAGGCUCCUAAGUGUCCUGCUCUGUCUGCAGCCCAACCAUGGGUCCCAGUUCCUCUGUGGUGGCCUGAAUCCCUCUUCCCAGCCCUGAUACUGGUUGGGAUGCCCUGCUCCCUGACCUGCACCCUACAGUCAGCCCUAGCAACAUGGGAGGUGGCCUCAUCCUUGGCUGCAUGGCUCCCCAAAAUGGCCCUUCAGGGACUCUGAGCUGCCCUUGGACCUGCAGCCAUCCUGCAAGCUCCUGCUAUGACCAGUGGCAGCCUGUGAGCUGUGGAGCUGCUGAGGGGUGACAGGGAGCUGCUGGUGUGCCGCUGGUGUGCCUCUGCCCUGCUGGGGAGGGGUUUGCUGCCAGCACCCAGAAACUGUCUGGAGCUGUCCCCUUCUGCUGAUGACCUCGAGGAGAGCCUGCACAGGGCAGCCUCUGCCAUACCUGUGCCUGGACAUGCACCUGCUGCUCUGAACCUUGAUCCUGAUGCUCAGCUAUGUGGCCAUGCUGGACUGCAGCUGAUGCUGCCACCACCUCCAAACCCGACUGCCUGGCUUGUCCUCAGUGCUAAUGGAUGCACCUGUGACCAGGAUGCAGGUGCUCACUACUGCCAUUCCCAGGCCCACUGUGCAGUUCUCUCAGGUAUGUUGGGACAGGGUACUGGCUGGUGAGGUGCUGCUCAGCCCUACCCCAUGGUACUGUGUGCAGCACCUUGGUCC